AAGCGUUAUGAAUGCGACGUGUGUGGCAAGGUCUGGCAGAGACCGAGCCAGUUGGAGGUCCACCGGCGGGUGCACACAGGAGAACCCCCCUUCAACUGCUCAGAGUGCGACAAGACUUUCAAGACGACGAGUGACCUGAAUGUCCAUCGGCAAGUGCACACGGGCGUGGAGCCCCAUGGCUGCUCCACAUGCGGCAAGAGCUUUACCCAUUUGUCGGGGCUGCGCGACCACCUGCGGGUGCACAGCAGUGAGCGGCCCUUCACCUGCUCCGACUGCGGCAAAGGCUUCAAGUUGUCCAAGGGCCUGAAGAUGCACUGGCGGGUGCAUACUGGGGAGCGGCCCUUCACCUGCAGCGACUGUGGCAAGGGCUUCACCCAAUCCAGCAACCUGCUGGUGCACCAGCGCACCCACACCGGAGAGCGCCCCUACAUCUGCGCCCAGUGCGGCAAGGGUUUCACCCACUCCGGCAACCUGCUGCAGCACCAGCGCACCCACACCGGAGAGCGCCCCUACACCUGCGCCCAGUGCGGCAAGGGUUUCACCCACUCCUGCAACCUGCUGCAGCACCAGCACACGCACACCGGCGAGCGCCCCUACACCUGCACCCAGUGUGGCAAGGGUUUCACCGACUCCAGCAACCUGCUGAAGCACCACCGCAUCCACACCGGCGAGCGCCCCUACACCUGUGCCCAGUGCGGCAAGGGUUUCACCCAGUCCUGCAGCCUGCUGAUGCACCAGCGGUCUGAAGAAGGGUCCUGA